ACAAUAACAUCUGUGCUGUGCCAGUCUGAACUUUAUCCAAGUCAUUACCGGCAGAAUUUUAAGUUGAGGUUGGAAGUCGAUUUGCAAAUUAAAGUUGAUUUCAUCUUGAAUUCUUUCGAAAAUAUAGUUGAACGGGACGCUUGCAUCAAGUUUGAGUACGCAAUGGAGGCCGUAAAGCAGGGAUCUACCACCGUGGGUGUCAAGGGUCGCGAUUUUGUUGUUCUUGUGGCCCUGACCACGGCAUCGGGGUCGUCUGUGGCGAUGCGCAAGAUAAUCGCCAUUGACGAGCACUUGGGCAUAUCCAUUUACGGCAUCUCGGAGAACGCCCGUGAGCUGAACCGCUAUUUGCGUUUAUCGUGCAUAAACUAUCGGUACACUUACGAGACAGGUUGUCCAGUGAAAAGACUGAUAGGGAGUCUGGGCUACAAUAUGCAGGCUACCAUCAAACGCUGCGAUGGCCGUCCAUACCAAGUGGGCCUACUCGUUGCCGGGUAUGACAAGACGGGUCCUCAUCUCUAUCAGGUCAUGACCUCUGGAGUCAUCAACAAAUGCCAGGCCCAGUCCAUUGGGGAGCACUCGCAGGGCGCUCGCACCUAUUUGGAGCGCAAUAUCAACACUUUCUUGAGCUGUUCCGACGAUCAGCUGAUUUGUCAUGCUCUACUGGGCUUGCAGAACAGCCAACCAGUUGAAGGGACUUCGAGUGGACAGGAGAAUGCACCGGCUUUAUUCACUACCACAGUGGCCAUAGUCGGAAAGGAUCAGCUAUUCAAGUUGCUCACCGUCGAGGAAGUCAAGAAGUACAUUGAAAUGGCCAAAGAGAUGGGUGCUACUGCUCAGACUCAGCCCCCCUCAAACCCUGACGACGAAGGCAACAAUGGCGACAAUGAGGACGAUGCUGACCCGCAACCAGAUGUGGCCACAAUGGAAAAUUAGUUUAAUAUUAAUUAAUUCUACUAAUAAACAAAUAUUAUAUACUUUUGGUUGGUUCCUAAAACUGUGAUGCCACAUCUAUAACUC